GGCGGAAAACAUGUCGGGCUGAGACGCCUUCACAGUCUCCCCUGGGGCUCCGAAAUCUCACCUUCAACCAAUCCGGCAGGACUUUGCUCAAGCGCAUACACAUAAAAAAAACACCAGUUAUUCUUAUUUAACACAACUAUAUAUAUUUUUUUUAUUGUAUCCCUGUAACUUUAUUAUCAGCAAAAAUCCAAUUAUGUUGUAAAUGAAUCUCUAAUUUGUAUCUGAAGUUCACAUGGUAGAGUGGGAAUAUCCGACAGCAAUUGAAUGCAGCAAAAGGAAUAUUCUUGAACGCAGACACCAUGUUGUUAUACUGUGAACCUGCUCUGAACGAAAGUGGGGGUUUAUUUUUACUUUAGCCAUUAGCGAUUAUGACACAUGUGGUUAUAUAAUAUUAUGUUAUCAAAAAUAUUGUCACCAUUUUUUUUAAGUGAGUUGAAUAUAUGACGCAUGUGUGUGUUGGGCUGAUUGCAACCAAUCCAGGAGGCCAUAUUGAUGAAACACAUUUUAAUCAGGACGGUUUCCAGUGAGUGUUUCACUGUGGCCGGUUUUCCAUUAUGUAAUGUUUACCUUUGUUCGAUUUCCGAGCGACUGCCCGUCCCAUGAAAGGCCCCAUGCUGCCCCCUCCUGGGUGGCUCGACGAAUAUUUACUACGAACUGCAUUUCCCGGCAUACACCAGACGAGCGCGUGUGCAGAGUGGGUUAGAUCUCCAACCAAUGCGCACGGGGAGCAGCGGCGUUCAAGUGCAGGUGACAGCGAGACACGCAGAUGGUUGUGAGAUCUGCGGUGCUGCGCUAGCGUAGAGGCUGGUACCACACUUUCGGACGGAGUGAACUGCGCGGCAAAAGAAGGGAGACACAAACAAAAACAUGUGGCGGAGGCUUUGAGAUAACGGUACUGCAGGUGAGGAAAACAUCUGGCUCGUGACGGACGGUGGACACCAUGGGUUUACAUUCAGGCCAAAAGAAGCACUUUCCCCUGCGGGGGAUCGACGGUGUUGUUCAGCUGUUUGACGCUGAGCUCCGCAAGCCUGAGCCGGACUUAGCACUCCUUUCCCUGGUCCUGGGUUUUGUCGAGCACUUCCUGGCUGUGAACCGAGUCAUCCCCAUAAACGUCCCAGGAGUACGGUUUGAGCCUCUGGAGCCAGACUGCCCCAACUCCUGCUUCCCCACAGUGGAGCUGGGAAUGAUCUCGGCACUGUACGAGCGCUUCACGGCCCAGAUCCGGGGUGCGGUGGACCUGUCCCAGUACCGGAGGACUGCUUCAGGGUCCAGCAGGGAGCUGGUGAAGAAAGUGUCAGACGUGAUCUGGAACAGUCUCAGCCGCUCAUACUUCAAGGACCGGGCUCACAUCCAGUCUCUCUUCAGUCUCAUCACUGGCACCAAACUGGACAGCUCUGGGGUUGCGUUUGCGGUGGUGGCGGCCUGCCAGGUUCUCGGCCUGAAGGAUGUCCACUUAGGACUGUCGGAAGACCACGCUUGGGUGAUCUUCAGCAAAGGCGGCGAAGAGACUGCAGAGGUCACCUGGCAUGGGAAGGGGAACGAGGACCGACGGGGACAAACAGUCACAGCAGGAGUUAAUGAGAAAAGUUGGCUGUAUCUGAAGGGCUCCUACAUGAAAUGUGACAGAAACAUGGAGGUGGCCUUCAUGGUCUGUGCUAUCAACCCAUCACUGGACCUACAUACUGACAGCUCUGAGCUCCUGCAGCUGCAGCAGAAACUCCUCUGGUUGCUGUAUGACCGCGGUGACCUGGACAGGUAUCCGAUGGCUAUGGGCACUUUGGCAGACCUGGAGGAUCAGGACCCAAUACCAGGCAAAGAGAACCCCCUAAAAAUCCACCUCAAGGCCGUAAGCUCUGCCCAGAAGCACUACAACAACGAGCACAUCUACCCCUACAUGUACCUGGCUGGUUUCCACUACAGACACAAGGAAGUGCGGGAGGCUCUGAGGGCCUGGGCCAAGGCAGCUCAGGUCAUGCAGGAGUAUAACUAUUUCCGAGAGGACGAGGAGAUCUAUAAAGAGUUCUUUGACGUUGCAAAUGAUGUCGUCCCCACUCUGCUGAAAGAGACCCCUUCUGCAGACAGUCCCGGGGAGGGAGGAGAGGGGGGAGAAGGAGCCGACAAGGAGCUCCCCAAACAAGCUGCAGCCUUCUCGGCACUCCAGGACCCAGAAUGCUUUGCUCACCUGCUGCGUUUUUAUGAUGGUAUCUGCAAAUGGGAGGAGGGCAGUCCCACGCCGGUCCUUCAUGUGGGCUGGGCCACCUACUUGGUUCAGUCCCUGAGCCGCUUUGAUGCUCAGGUGCGUCAGAAGGUGUCCAUCAUCACCAAAGAGCCAGAGUCCCAGGACGAUGAUGACCAGUCCAGUGAUGACCCCCGGGAGGGCCGCCGGAGAGGCCCCAGGAGGGAGUCCAGGCUGGAGGAGCAGAACUCUUCUUCCCCUCCUGCUGCUCCCACCUCCCCAUCCACCCAGCUUCCAGGAGCAUCUCAGCCCAGGAAGGUUGGUGAGGGAGGCGGCCGCCGCCGCUCCUCGCUGAGUCAGAGGAGUGGAGACGCCGAAGGAAAACCCAAGUCCCCAGAUUCUGCAUCCUCCCCGUUGUCCCAGCAGCAGGCGUCCCCCUCCCCGGCCGGUCCUGUUGUCGUCUUUCAGAGCGAGAAGAUGAAGGGGAUGAAGGAGCUGCUGCGCGCAGCCAAGGUGAACUCCAGCGCCAUCAAGCUACAGCUCACCGCCCAGUCACAGGUCCAGAUGAAAAGACAGAAGAGCACCCCCACCGGGGAUUACUCCAUGUCCUUCAUGAAGCGGCAGCGCAAAUCGCUCUAGACAUGCUGAUUGUUGUAGAGAUUCUGUACGACAUACUGUGAACAGCCGCACGGACGCCCGACUAACCUCGCUCUCGUUUGUGAAACUUUUUUGCUGUGUUUUCAUCCGGAGGUCGUUUUCAGUGAACACCCUCAUAGUUCCCAGGAAUAUAUUUGACAUGCACAGAUGUUCUGCAGUUAAAUGUCACACAUCAGGUUUGAACUGAAGGAAUGAACUUUUCACUGUUUUUAUUUAAAAAGAAAUCCUCCCUUUUUCGGGGAACUACCUGGUUGAUCAUUUGUAACCUUCACUCAUUAGUUUUGUGUUUUAAUUGGCAGCCAAUUGUACACUGACUAUUAACUUCUCAUUGACUUAUACAUGGGUGUUUGAAGCCAAAGUAACGACGAGGACCAGAAUUCAACGUACAGAUGUGUAAAUAUCAACUUGUACCAUUAGGAACCUGUUCAUAACUGAAGCCUUGGAAGUAAUUAAUUUAGGAUAGUUACUGUGUAACAUUGUCCACUUCUGCUCUAUCGACAGCUUCUUUCUUGCUAGCUCUUUGUUGCCUUACUUUGCUUUUGUUCUUUUCUAAAGUAGGUGGCCUUUAGUUUUGAGAAUAGCUGAGCGAGGCCUAUUUUUAAUGAUUAGAGAAGACCAGGAAGACCAUGCACUGUUGAGACGGAGCCACAUUAGGCGGCCCUGCUACAUCCUAUUUGCUUGAUGACUUGUGGUUUUUUGUUCUUGUUUUGUAUCUGCAAGUAAUAAAGACCUGACGACA